AUGCCGACGAUUAUUUAUAGACUGCCUCGGGGAAGUUUGGAUGUUGCAGUAAGUAUAUUAGAUAAUACGUUGUCCAUCUUAGCACCGUCUAAUGAAUGCAUCUUGGUACUUGGCGACCUCAACGUUAAUUUCUUCAUUGAUAAUAAGAUUAAUCAGUGCUUUCAAUCUUACAGCCUGCACCAGUUAUUGAAUGAACCAACACGAAUAGCUGAUCAUUCUUCAACGCUUUUAGAUCCGGUUUUCUUCAACUGUGCACAAAGAUGUUCCAAAGUGGAAACUUUCACUGUUAACUUUAGUGACCAUCAGGCUGUAUUCUGUCACAUUUCGUGUAAAAAUAAUAAACCACCACCUAGACUAAUUACAUUUAGAGACUAUCGCAAUUUUGAUCUAACCUCUUUUGACGAUGACUUAUUUAGCGUUAAUUGGGCUGAAUUCCGUCUUGUCGAUAUAUCUGCAGUAUUGGAUGCUAUUCGCAGUAUCAAGUCCAAUUCUAGUGGUAAGUCAGAGUUCCGGAAAGUUGCUGGGUCGCUGGUCAUGCAGGUCCCCUUUCCAGGGGGGAGCGGGGGCGAACAGAUCGCUUUAUGGGCGGACCGCUACGCCUUCCUAACGAGUGCGACAAGGACGGAACACGCGGGGACCGAGAUAAUGGUCGACGCUCCCGCUAACCAUGCUUUAUGUGCAUCUCUCUCGUUCGCUAGCGAUUUAUGA